AAUCUUCACGAAUUUGAUCGGCCCCUAACAAGUCAGCUAACGUACAGCUAUCGGCCCUAAAAUUAUUUUGAACAUUCUUCUUCUGUUUCACCAAGGUCAAGGACUAUUUAUUAAACCAAAAUCGCCUUGUGAACCUUGGUACCGGUGCGUUACAAGUCUAUCGCUUUUUCACCGACCCUAGUCACUCUAAUUUCAAGAAAAUGUUUCGAUCAGUUUCGCGACUACCUGCAGCUGCGUUGUCAGCGAGAGUCGGAAGAAGAUCAGACAGGGGAGUUCCCCCGGCGGCCCCGAGGCUCUGGCCCAGUCGACGCGGUUUGGGUUCUGAACCAAAUCCUUCUGAAUCGUCUGCGGCGGGUGCAAUCGGAAGUGUGGAUAUAAUUUAUACAGAAGAACAUAUGGAAAUGAGGAGAGCCCUUAAAAAGCUGAUUGACAAGGAGAUCAACCCAUAUGUUGACCAAUGGGAGGCAGAGAAAAAAUUUCCUGCUCAUGAGGUAAUGAAGAAACUUGGAGAAGCCGGUUUCUUGGGCAUUAGCAGACCAACAGAGUAUGGUGGCCUUGGUUUGGAUUAUACGUACUGUGUAGCGUUUGCUGAGGAGCUUGGUGGUAUAACCUGUGGAGGUGUCCCUAUGGCCAUCGGGGUUCAAACUGAUAUGGCCACUCCAGCUCUUUCCAGGUUUGGAUCGGAUGAGUUGAAGAGGAAGUUUUUAGCUCCUACCAUUGCCGGUGAUAUGGUAGUAUGUCUUGGAGUGAGUGAACCAGUGGCAGGAUCAGAUGUAGCGAAUAUUCAGACCAGAGCUGAGAAGAAGGGAGAUGAUUAUGUAAUCAACGGUAGCAAGACCUGGAUAACCAACGGUCAUCAAGCAGAUUGGACAUGUCUUCUGGUCAAUACUGGAGAUGGACCGUCACACAAGAAUAAAUCACUCAUCUGUGUACCUCUAGAUUCUGAAGGUGUUACCAGGGGAAGAAGAAUUGACAAGUUGGGCAUGCAUUCUUCCGACACGGCGGAACUUUUCUUUGAAGAUGUGCGUGUCCCCCAGAGUAAUCUGAUUGGUCAAGAGGGGGCAGGCUUUAUUUAUCAGAUGUUGCAAUUCCAGGAAGAGAGGUUGUUUGCGGGAGCCGGCGUCCUCCUACCAUUGGAUAUGAUGAUAGCUGAUACCAUUGAAUACACCAAGAAUAGGAAGGUGUUCGGCAAGUCAGUACUUGACAAUCAAGUGGUUCACUUCAGAUUGGCCGAGCUACAGACGGAGGUCGAGCUUCUCAGAUCACUCCUCUACAGAGCAACGGCUCUUUAUGUCCAGGGACAGGAUGUGACCAGACUUGCAUCAAUGGUCAAGCUCAAAGCUGGACGUCUAGUUCGUGAGGUCAGCGAUGCUUGCCUGCAAUACUAUGGUGGAAUGGGCUUCACAUCAGACAUGCCUAUUUCAAGAUACUACAGAGACACAAGGUUACUUUCUAUCGGUGGCGGCGCCGAUGAAGUCAUGCUUGGUAUCAUCUGCAAAUACAUGUAAACACGGUAAUUAUGGUGCGGGCACUACUCAAGAUGGAGCUUGAAAUGUAAUUGUUCUCACUGUUGACAGGCAUUGGGUCAGUUUACUGUCCUUACUAGAAUGUUCAGAAUGAAUGUUCUAUUUACAUAGUCAGUAUAGAAUACUUCUGGAUUACUUUUGUAAGUUUCAAGGAAGUUUAAAAAAUUUUGAAAAAGGUUUAUAUUUUUGAGACUUAAAAAUUCAUGUAUUUUUUCUGUAGAUAACACUUGGCGAUAUGUAAUAAUCCACCAUGGUAGUCAACAUCAUUGCCAGAUAUUAGGGUGGGGAGGGAAUGCUUUUGCUGUAAAAAAACAGAAUAUAAUAAAAUGGAAGGAUUUUACAUCAUGAAUUCAUAUUCCCAGAUUAGAAUCUUUUCCAGAAUUCAUAUAAAAUCAUGAUUAUUUUUGUGCUAUAGAUGAUCCUAUUUCUAAUGCUGGAUUUCAAAAUAUGUCGUAUUUUUCAUAGUACAUAUAAGGAAAAUAUCAUUCCUUCGGGAUUUGAAAAUGGAACAUUUUCAAUGUUAAAAUGAUCAAGUAAAAGAAUGAAUGAGAAUGAUUAAUAAUGAAUGUGUUAUCAGUUAUCAUAUUCAGUUCAUGAUGCAAUCUCAGUAAUUACUUUGCUUUGUGAAGUAAUUUUCUGAAAGUGUUGAAAUUUACUUCUUGAAAUGUGGUUGAAAUGGUUUAUAUUCAAUAAUGCCAUUAUUAAGAUGACAUGCAAAACACUGAUACUUAUCGAUGGAUUGCAGUUGACAUUACUGAAAAUUUCUGUAUAAAUUAUGAUUAAAGAAGAAUGAGAAAAAUUACCCCCCCCCCCUCAUCCCACCCCACCCUACCCUGUCUGACCCAACCAGAUUUGAAUCCCGGAACUUGGCUUGCAUGGCCAGCUGAACUAUCUGAGCAACCCCCUCCCUCCCUCCCUCAUUCUCACUUAAACCCAUCUUGUUAUGGCGGCACAGUGGGGGUAUUUCAAUAUCAAACAAUUCAUAUGCCAAUGCGAUAAUACAGUGUAUUAUAUAGAUAUGAAUAUAGUUUUAUAUGAUUUAACAAAUGGGAUGUAUCUUAAAGUGUCUUUGUAUUAAAAUUGUCUAUAUGCAA